AUGAACUCUUUUGCCCGGUCUUCACGGAGCGUCGCGCCUAAUGCUCUGACAAGGGCAUCUGCUCGUAGCAGCGCCCCUGCGACUGGCAGGACCCAGACAUAUCGUCUCCAGUCCACCGACAGCCUCGCCUCCAUCCGCAUCCAACAAUCCUCCUCUCAACAGCUCUCCUCCUCCUCCUCUCUUCGCCCUACUACUCUUCGAUCAUCCUUCCUUCCCCAUGAGAUCCGACCCCUCAUCUCUGCCACACCAGCCCGCUCCUUCCACGUAGCGACGCCGACAUGGCAAAAACAAGAGAAGCCCCAGGCUGAGACGAAGCCUGCCGAGGAAGCUUCCAAGGCCGCCGAGGAGGAGAACACCAAGUCCUCCGAGUCAGCCGACAAGGAGGGCGCCUCGUCCGGCGACAAGAAGAAGGAGGGCGAAGAGGGCGAUGGCAAGCAGGAGGAGAAGAAGAAGGAGGACGCCCCUCCGCCUCCGCCCCACGGUGACAUGACACCGUGGCAGGUCUUCAUGGAGACGAUGAACACGGAGCUCAAGAAGUCCAAGGAGUGGAACGAGUCGACCAAGGCCCUCUCUGGCGAGAUCCAGACCUUCCAGGAGAGCGAGCGCGUGCGCAAGGCCCGCGAGGCCUACCAGACCACCACGGGCGCCAUCGGCAAGACAACAUCGACCGUUGUCAAGACGACGGCCGGCGCCAUUGGCAAGGGCGCUGCGUGGACCUGGGACACGAGCGCCGUCAAGGGUGUUCGCAAGGUCGCCAACGUCACCGGCGAUGCCCUCGACAAGGCGACCAAGCCCAUCCGUGAGACCGAGGCCUACAAGAACGUCAAAGAUGUCAUUGAUGAUGGCAGCUCUUCGCGUUACGGCGGCUGGGUAGAGAAGGAGGAGCGCAGGCAAAAGCGUGAGGCUGAGAGGGCUCUCAGGGGCGAGACGCCGGAGAACUUUGUUGAGGACCCUGAGGCUGGCACAAACGUCACGCUUCACAAGGACGCUGCCUGGAAGGAGGCGUGGAGAGACUUCCGCGACCAGAACAAGGUUGUCCAGGGCUUCUUCAGCGCUGGCAAGGUCUACCAGGAGUCCGAGAACCCCCUCAUCUCAACAGCACGAAGCAUCACCGACACCAUCGGUGGUUGGUUCGCCGAGAACGAGCAGGCUCAGGUCAUCAAGAAGUUCCGCGAGAUGGAUCCCAACUUCAAGAUGGAGCCCUUCCUCACGGAGCUGCGCGAAUACAUUCUUCCCGAGGUCCUCGACGCCUACGUCAAGGGUGACGUCCCAACCCUGAAGCUGUGGCUCUCGGAGGCGCAGUACUCCGUCUAUGACGCUCUCACAAAGCAAUACCUCAAGGCCGGCAUGAAGUCAGACGGCCGCAUCCUCGAUAUCCGCCACGUCGAUAUCGCCAAGGCGCGCAUGCUCGAGCCCGGCGACAUUCCCGUGUUUGUCAUCACCUGCCGUACCCAGGAGGUGCACGUCUACCGUAACGCCAAGACCAACGAGCUCGCGGCCGGCAUGGAGGACAAGGUGCAGCUGGUGACGUACGCCAUCGGCAUCACAAGGCUGCCCGACGAUGUCAGCAACCCGGAGACGAGGGGAUGGAGGCUCAUCGAGAUGCAGAAGAGCGGACGCGACUACUACUAA